AUGGAGAGGAAUCACUUUAGCCACAGACAUAAGCUUAAGCCGAUAAGCUCUAAAAAGCCCUACUUCUGCAGUGGAUGCAAGGAGCCAGGUUUUGAACGUCGACACCGAUGUGAGCUGUGCGAUUAUGAUCUUCAUAAAGAUUGUAUGGACCCCCAUCGCGACGAAACUGUUCGUCAUAAAUUCUUCACGAAUUCAACCUUCAGAUUCCUAUCUGAACCUCCAGAGAAUUGGCCCCGUCAAAAGCGUCAGAGAUACUGUUACGCCUGUGGAAAACCUGUCAAAGGUUUUUUCUAUCACGAUGAAGAUGGACGGGAUCUGCAUCCUAGCUGCCAUAAAUUGCCCUCGGAGUUAAGUGUUGAUGGUGUUGACUUUACUCUCUGUGAUAAGGUGUUAUCUACUUGCCUUUGGUGCAACAAGAAAAAGAGAGCACGUACUGUUUCCGGCAUCCGUGGCUGGAGCUAUGUGUCGAAGACUAAGGAUAAGGAACGCCAUUUUCAUGUGAGUUGUCUCACAGAAUUGGCGCUGGAGGCAUGGGGGAAAGAGGCUGAUAAUGAUAAUGAGCUUGGUUCGGCUUUGAAGAACGUGAAGUUGCCUGGUCAACGUCUCAUUGGGUUCCGAAUUAGUGGCAAAAAAGUUGUCAAGAUUGCAAAGUUUGGCCUCAAACAGAUUGGGGCUUUGCUUUGA